AACUGGAACUUGUGAGGGCUCAAGUGGCAUAAUGUAUUUAAACAAAAAGACGAAAUACGAGGGUAGCUCAGUUUUUCCUACCUUCCAUUCGAAAUUCAAAUCCUCAUCUCUUCUUUAUCUACCCCUUCGAGCGAAGCACCGUCCAGACACGUGGUUUCUGAAAGAUGGACCAAGGUACCGCCACUAUGAAUUCACAAAGUUACCCUGUACUGUUGCUCCCAAAAAAGUGCACUACACUGGAAACCAAUUGUGAAGUCUCUGAUAAUGUAUUUAUUGAGAUGAAUAUUUCCUCUCCUGAUACUGAAGGGAACGAAAUGUGUAUUUAUUCAGGUUUUUGUAAUGUGAAGUUGAUUGACAGUUAUGAUAUGAAUAUAAGCCACAAAACAAAGGAAAAUGUUCCUACUGAGUAUAAUGAUAAUGACCUAAUACCUGUGCUAAUUGAUGAGUCGGGAAACCAGAUAGCUGAUGCGUACAACCAGAGUCAAGUAUGGAUAGAUCCAGCUAGGAGUCCAUAUGUGUAUAAUCAUUAUGACACAAAUCCGCAAGAGCAUUACUCAGUCUAUCAUAACACUAGAACUAACCACAUAACUGUUGAACAACACAACACAUACAUAACCCAAAAUGUUUAUAAUUAUAACAAAGAGCCUCCAACAUAUCCGACAGACGAAUUUGAACAUAAAAAGUUCAGAAAAGUUCAAGUUAGUGAAUCGAGUACUCAGCAGAACACAACGGACCCUAACUUCAAUUUAUAUGAAGAAGACGAGUUUGAGUGUGGUGUGUUUCUCUCCCAAUUACCUGAGGAGAUUCUACAGGAGAAUGAGAAUAGAGUAAGAGAGGAACGGAAAUACAUUGAUAUACCGAGUGACAAUGGAGCGUUGAAACAAUUGAUGUCAUCGGACAUUCAAACAUCUUCUAAGCAGCGGAAGACCAUAUUGUUUCUGGGUCAUGAUUCUCAUUAUGGACAGACCAUACAGAAGAUUGCUAUGAAUGAUCCUUUUUUGGUGUGUUCGGUGAAGGAGGAGGUUAAUUCACAAGUUGUGUAUGAAGAGCCCAACUACAGCAACCCUAGUCAGAAGAAAUACCAGUGCGACAAAUGCAAGCAGAUCUUUGACCAGAUCAUAGAGUUCAGGCAGCAUAUGGUUGAAGACCACAUCGGCCCCAGUACCUACGACGGCAGAACAGUCGGCGAAAUCAAAUUCCUCUGCACCGAGUGCGGCAAAAACAUCAAAUCGCAAAAGAAAUUCGAGGAACACUGCAUGUCGCACGGCGACCCGGAGCUAGAAUGCAGCAAGUGCCACAAAGUGUUCGCCUCAAAAUUCACCUUACGUGCACACAAUAAGAUCCAUUCUCGCAAACACGGCUGCGUGUAUUGCUCAAAGACUUAUUCUACGCCAGAUGGACUGAGGACUCAUGUAGCUAAAUCGCAUUGUAUAUUCAUGUGUGAGCAUUGCGACUUUAAAAGUGAUAAAAGAAAUGAUCUAAAAAAGCACGAGAAAAAGCACGAGAAUCUAUCUGAUUUUGAUACUUUAAGUGCUAUGGAUGAUGAUUCCUGUGAAUCAGAUAUUAUUCAAUUGACGUCAGAUGUUACGGAGAAGCCAGAUUUGGAGUUGAAGUCGAAUGAAGUUGAAGGGUUGUCGGUUGAAGUGAACAGUGUGAAGGAUGAGGAUAUUCGUAGGGCGGAUUCUGUUAUAGCUUUGGUUAUGUCGAAUGAGAUUUUUGGAUCGAAGGAAAAGCCGAGGCGGUACAAGAAGUGUAAAAAGGCAUGCGACGUCUGCCUAAAGAUCUUCGAUCGCAUCAGCGACUUGAAACGUCAUCUAAUCGAACACAUCAUAAAGAGCACCCUGGACAAGAUACCCGUCAACAGAAACGGGACCCUCAAUAUACAGUGCGAGGUCUGUCAGGCGGAGACCUUCUCUAAAAUUGACAGGUACAAAGCCCACCUACGCGAACACGCCAAACUAACCAUCUACAAAUGCACAUUCUGCGACAAAUCCUUCAGUGAUUCCAGCAACUUCUCCAAGCACAAGAAAAUCCACGGCACAACCUACCUCCAGUGCGAUCUCUGCGGUCGCAAAUUCAACUCUAAACGUAUGCUAAUACAGCACAUGGAAUACCAUAACAAGAACGCACCUAUACCCUGCCAAUUCUGCCACAAAAUGUUUCAUUUCGAAUCGAUGUUGAACAAACAUAUCAAAUGCGCGCACGCGAACACUCUAAGCAAAUUUAAAUGCCGAUUCUGCUGUAACUAUGUUAAAACUCUAAAGGAAAAGUGGGACCAUGAGUGGUCGGUACAUAAUGUGAGGAAGAUGAUUGUUGACUGUCUUAUGUGUGAUUCGAAGUUUAGGAAGUAUACGGAGUUGAAGAAGCAUUGCUCAAUAGUGCAUAAUGUUGAGAUACCUCCCGCUAAAAAAUUGUGGCCAAAAUAGGCUGGUCCUAUGAAAGAAAUUGAGGAUUCUCGAGAUACAAUUAGGAGGAAUAUGUUCGAAUUAGAAUUAAUUACUACUAUUCCUGUAUUUUAUAUCUCUGCCCUGUUACUGCAAAAAAAGCGUAUCGUUUUUAGAUAGGAAAUAUGUAUGAAAUAUGUUUUGCCGCUAUAGAGUACCCUAAUAGCAUUAAUACGUCAUUAUGACGUCAGCGACGUCAUUAUUACGUUAUAAUUACGUCAUUAUGACGUCGAUGACGUCACUUUGCUACCUGGGUAGUUUUUAUGUAUAUCUAUGAUUAUUUCUUUGAUUAUCUAAGAUCUCAGAAAAAGUAUUUAUUUAGACUUUAUUUUAUAACAAAAUAACCCUUAUGGUAUGAAUUCGCCAAAAAAAUCAACUCCUUAACAAACAAAACGUUAUUACGAUUGGAGGAUAAUAAGUACAAUAUCUAGUUGAUUUUUAAGCCAAAGUAUUUCAUGUUAUCAAGUUAAAGUUAAACAGUCCUUCGGCAUUUAUUAUUUACAGGAUUUAAAAAUUUGUAAGUAUUCCAGUGUAACUAGCGCCAUCUAGGAACUAGAUGAGGAAUUAGUUCUUAGAAACGCCACUAGACCAAAGUUAUAUCGUUCUCUCUUGUGGCGCUAGCGUCGCGCGGUGGUUUCAAUAAAUCAAAUCACUUGUUGUAAGAUUCGUUCCUAGGUUCCUAGUUUUACCACCCGCAAAAUUAAGUUUGUAUUAUGAUUUUAUUUAUUUAGGUAGGUAUUUUAGAGAGAUCGAGACUGAAAUCAUGAAGUAUUAUUAAAACUGGUAUUUGUUUACGUAAUUUAAGAGUGUAUUAGCAGAAUGUGAUUUCGAAGACUUUUUUUUAUAUUUUGUGCAAGCAGGUGCACAUUCUAUUUAAUAUUUGUUUUCUAGACGGCAGAGUUUCCAAAGUGCUGCCUUACCUUUUUAUUUAGUAGUUAAAAAACAAAAAAAAAACAUUUUUUCAUUUGUUACGAUUAAUUAUGGUUAAGUAGAUGUAUUAUUUAAUAACUAAGAUACUACUUAUAAGUAAUUUAGAUUAAAUCUGUGGAAUAAAGUAGGUGUUGUUUUUGAAUAUAUUUAUUACUUGUUAAAACUUUAAAAGUUUUUUGUACAAAGUUGAUUCUUCAUAGGAUUCUUUUUUGUUUUAUAUGUAUAAUUUUUUUAAUAAACGUUUUCAAAUACAC